AUGAGGCUUGACAAGCCCGACUUGGGACUUCGAUCUGAGUGGCGCAGAAACGACAGCACUGUUUUCCGUGAUGUACGUAGCCUUGCGCCUCGGCUGCGGCUAACUGGACGCGUCGAGAGUGACACGAUCGAAGGCGGUUGUCGUGAUUGCUGUCGUAUUCUUUGUGUUGAGUUGGUCGAUGUCGAUCACUGCGGCUAUGGCGAUAUAGUUGCUUUGGCCAGGAGUGGCGAGUGCUGCGGCUGCGGCGCAGAAUACCUAACAAGAAUCCAGAAGUCGGACCCCAUGCAGGAUCAGGGACAUGGGGCCCUUUAA